CUUAUUCUCAUUCUUAGGGGGGAAGAAAGAAAGAAAGAAAAAAGCUAGCUAGGGUUUUAGGUUAUAUAUAAGCAGCCUUUGAAAUAUUCUCAAUUAAUGGCGGGUGGAGGAGGGUUUACAAACGCCCCCGGUGCGGGUGGCAAGCAGUACCCGGGAGGUAUGACCUGGUAUGUGGCCAUGACUUGUAUCGUCGCCGCCACCGGAGGCCUCAUCUUCGGUUAUGACAUCGGCAUUUCAGGAGGAGUUACGUCGAUGGAUUCGUUUCUGAUAAAGUUCUUUCCGGACGUGUACAGAAAGGAGAAGGCAGAUCAGAGCACCAACCAGUACUGCAAGUUUGACAGCGUGGCGCUGACUUUGUUCACGUCGUCACUGUAUCUUGCUGCUCUGCUUGCGUCCCUGGUGGCCUCCACGGUGACGAGAUCCUUCGGAAGGAAGCCGUCCAUGCUCUUCGGAGGUUUGACUUUUCUCGCUGGUGCAGCCAUCAACGGUGCUGCCAAGGAUGUCGCCAUGUUGAUUGUUGGCCGUAUGCUACUCGGUGUUGGAGUCGGCUUUGCUAAUCAGUCGGUGCCGGUCUACCUAUCCGAAAUGGCACCUGCCAAAUAUCGCGGCUCGCUCAACAUCGGAUUCCAGAUGAUGAUAACCAUUGGCAUCCUAGCUGCCAACCUCAUCAACUACGGUACUUCCAAGAUCGAGGGUGGCUGGAUGGCGUCCCUCGUCCUCCCUGACACUCCCAACUCCCUCAUUGAGCGCGGCCACGAGGACAAAGCUCGCGCCAUGCUCCGCAAAAUCCGAGGCACCAACCAAAUCGACGAGGAGUUCAACGAUCUUGUCGUCGCCAGCGAGGAGUCUCGCGCCGUCAAGCACCCGUGGAGAAACAUUAUGCAGAGGAAGUACCGCCCUCAGCUUAUGAUGUCCGUCCUCAUCCCCUUCUUCCAACAGUUCACGGGUAUCAACGUCGUCAUGUUCUACGCUCCCGUCCUGUUUAAGACCGUUGGGUUCGGGGAUGAGGCUUCUCUCAUGUCUGCCGUCAUCACUGGCACUGUGAAUAUGUUCGCUACUCUUGUCUCUAUCUUCGCUGUAGACAGGGUUGGCCGUCGCAAGCUCUUCCUCGAGGGCGGACUGCAAAUGAUCAUCGGUCAGACAAUUGUUGGGACUUUGAUUGCCAUAAAAUUCGGUACUACCGGCGAGGCGGUGAUACCCAAGACCUAUGCCGUGUUUGUUGUGAUGUUCAUCUGCGUCUAUGUCGUCGCCUUCGCAUGGUCGUGGGGUCCGCUAGGGUGGCUUGUGCCGAGCGAGAUUUUCCCACUGGAGAUUCGAUCAGCAGGACAGAGUAUCAAUGUUUCGGUCAACAUGUUCUUCACCUUCAUCGUUGCUCAGGCUUUUCUUGCCAUGCUGUGCAAGAUGAAGUUUGGUCUGUUCUACUUCUUCGCCGGAUGGUGUGUGAUCAUGACGGUCUUCAUCUACUACUUCUUGCCUGAGACGAAGAAUGUGCCGAUUGAGGAGAUGGUUCUCGUGUGGAAAAACCACUGGUUCUGGUGCCGAUUCAUCGAGGAUUCUGAUGUUCAUGUUGGCUCACUGGAGACUGGCAAGGCCAAGAAGAACUCCGAUAAUAAUGCUUGAUCGAUAAUACCAUGUGGUGUUUAAAAUUCUUGGUUCUUUAAUAUUUUGGUUACUAGGCUAGUACUAUUUCAAUCAAUCAUUCGAUCGUUGUAGGAUUAUUCUCUUUCUAUAAAUGUACAUGAAUGAUUUAAUAUCAUGAGGUCCUUUUAAGUUAACUUCAA